AUGCUCCACAUCAAGGAUGAAAUCUCUGAGAUCCCUGAUAUCGAGAGCCAUGCUUUGAAGGAAGGCAUCUUGCAAGCACAACGCAAGGUCAGCCUUCUAGUUGAUCAACGAGACGAAGAACUGAGCAGAGAAAAUUCACCACCUACAACGCCCCCAUUUGCCAUUUUGGAUGCCAUGAUCGGGCCAUACUUUGCAACAACUAAUCAUCAUUUCCCUAUUUGGAUAAAAGAAAGGUUCAUUAGAAUGGCUACUAAUAUGCUGCAAUCUACGUCACCAGAUCCGGAUCUCGCCUCUAUAAUUCGCUGUAACAAUUUCGUUCUCAUGCUAUGUCAGCGGACUCAUUAUGUUCAUACCGACGGGAGCCAAUGCCGAGCAAGCAGGCCCGCAACCCUUCAUCAAAUGACUGUGACAUCGUUAAAGGCUUUUUGGCGAACCCAAAACGGGCUUUGA